UGACAAGACAGUCUUCCCAACAUUUCCAACAUCCAAAAUGGGUUCUUUCAAUUAAUUAAAUUUUUGUUCUUUAAUUUUUAAUUUGCCUGGCAAUACUGGAGCUUUUUUUCGGAAGCUGGGGUCUGCAUCUUGCUCAGGUCUCAUUACAAUUUUCUGCUUAGUCGGUUGAAGACCUCCCGCAAAUAAAAAAUGGACUCGGGUGAUAAUCCAGAUGAUCGACAACAAGAACAACAAAAACAAGCAGAACAACAGGCUCCAUCGGCCAAGCGUCGACGUCUGCGCCCGACUUUGGCUCAACAAAACGCCGACCUUAAAGAGAAAAUGGAGCAGCUGACAGUGGAGUGCAGUGCGCUGAAAUCCGAGCUUGGAAAUGUGAAGAUGGAGUUGUCGAAAACCAAUUUGGAGAAGACGCUGUUGGCGGCCUCAUUCGAGAAGGUGGAGGGCUAUUUCCGCACCCUGCUGGGUGGUGCGCCGUUCGCCAGCUUGAAGACACAGUUGGAUCUUCUGCUUGAGCAAGGUCAGCAGAUUCACGCCCGCUUGGCGGUGAAGACUGAGCCGCCACAACUGAAGACGAUCGCAACAUUAGCCGUGUUGCAGAACCAAUUGAACAAAAAGGACAAGGUCCGAGAGGAGCUGCGCAUCCAGUUGCAGGAAACGGUCGCCACUAUUGAUGCACUUACUCGAGCAUUCAGCAACGACAUGGCACAGGAGUCGCAAAAGCGCGUCGAUUUGGAGCUAACCCUCGACAGGAUGCUGCGCACCAUGGAUACCGUUAUGUCCUGCUCGGUGUGCCUGCUGCAGUGGACCGAUGCUGGGGAACAUCGGCUCGUCGCACUGCCAUGCGGCCACAUCUACGGCGAGAGCUGUAUACUGAGAUCUCUCGAGCAUUAUCGGCACUGUCCACAAUGUCGCACUCCGUGCACCAGCUCCGAUGUGUGUCGCCUGUUCAUCAAUCUAUCGGAUUAACUACGUGCAUACCCAGACAUGCACACAAUGAGGCAUGCAAGCAUAAGCUUACACAUUCACGCAUGUAUAUACACACCUAUUCGUUCACACAUGCAGACGUACGCACACAUACAUAGACACAUAGACAUACACAUACUCUCAGACACUUCAGAUACGCACAUAUGUACAUACACGUACAUGCACACAUAAACCUUUACAUACAAAUUCUGUAGAAGUACACAUACAUGCUUGAACAUAAUGAUUGUACAUUUGUAAAUAUAUAUGGUAUAUACAUCUUUACAUAUAC